CUCUCUGGGAGCCAGGCGUCUGUUCCCGCUUCCUGCAUCGCUCCGCCUCUGGACGCAGACCUCGGAACUUAGCUUCUCAUCUCCCUUUCUUCCCAGGAAUUUAGGGGUCCAGGAUGCCCUGACCCUGGGAGGGAAGGGUCGGCCCCCAAGCAGGGUAGCAAAACGCCAGCGGUUAGAGCAGAAGUCUGGUGGCCCAUCCGGCCCCCUCUCUGCUCCCCCGCUCGCCUCCCCUCUCUUCCCGCUUUCUCUCUCCUCAACCAGGCCUCGGAUGGGCCGGACCUGGAGACAACGACUCCUCCAGCAGGUGAUGGGGCUGAGGCCGGUAGGGUUGGGAUGUGAUAGGCGCGGCCUUCACUGACUCUCGACUCCUGGUACUCUCCCUCUCCCGUCUGAAUCAAAGAGCAAACUGCAGAUUCCCUCAGGAGUUAGUGGGCCUGUAAGAAGAAAGUCAUGGAGUCCCUUGAAGAAAUAUCAGAGGAAGAGUCCCCCAAAGAACGCCACACUUCCUCAACACCGUCCUGGAAGCUCACAGCCAAGGAGAUUCUGGCCACCAAGACCCAAAACUACUUUGCUCAGACUAAAAGAGCUGAGAACAUCUUGAUCCAGGUUGCCUUCUCCAUUGGUCUAAGCAGCAUAUGGCGGUUCCCUUACCUGUGUCAUCUGAAUGGAGGAGGCAGCUUUAUCCUGGUGUACUUCUUCAUGCUCCUCUUUUUCGGGGUUCCCCUCAUGUACAUGGAGAUGAUCAUGGGGAAAUAUCUGCGCGUGGACAACAUCCUGGUCUGGAAGCAGCUUGUCCCCUGGCUGGGUGGCAUAGGCUACGCCAGCAUACUGGUGUGCAUCUUGGUGAGCUUGUACAACAGCAUUAUCAUCACCUGGAGCCUCUCCUACCUAAGCAACUCCUUUCGUUACCCCCUGCCGUGGGACAAGUGCCCACUGGUGAGGAACAUCAAUGUCACCGACCUUUCUUGCCUUCAGACUGUAACCCAACAGUACUUCUGGUACCACACCACUCUGAACGCCUCAAACCACAUUGAAGAAGAGGUCGAGACCCUCGUCCUGAAUCUCACCCUGGGCAUCUUCACAGUCUGGUUCCUCCUCUUCUUAAUCAUGAUGGUAGGGCUAAAGAUUUCAAUGCAGACGCUGAUUUUCUCAGUAUUCCUUCCCUACAUCAUCCUCCUCUGCUUCCUCAUCCGAGGUCUCUUCUUGGAAGGUGCAAUCACCAGCCUCAGACGUAUGGUGACCACAGAGUUCUCUGCCUGGGCCUCGCUGGACCUGUGGCGUCAAGCAGGAGGCCACGUGCUCUAUUCCCUGGGCCUGGGCAUGGGCACCAUCAUCUUAUUCUCCUGCAAGUCUGGAGGCGACAACUAUGCCCAGGUGGCCUCUUUGGUGAUCCUGGUCAACUUGGUGACUUCAUUGCUGACUACGUCCAUCAUCUUUAUAGUGCUGGGGUUCUGGAGCACCACCAGUGGACACGCCUGUAUCAAGCAGAGCGUCUCAAAGCUGAUGCAGCUGAUAGACGAGGGGGUGCUGCCUCAGAAUGCCAAGCCCCCCAAAGACAUCCUGCUGCUGCCCACCCUGGACUACAUAAAAUGGAUCAACAGUCUCCCGGGCCAUCUCCGGCAACAGGUCAUCCACUUAUCCCCAUCCUGCAGCAUCAAGGUGCAGAAGGAAAUGUUCAUGGAGGGCCCCGGCCUGGCACUCGCAGCCUUCUCCCAAGUCGUCUCGUUGUUCCCUGGCUCCUCUUUCUGGGCCAUCCUCUUCUUCAUGGCCCUGCUCAUCAUAGGCUUGAGCAACUUGAUGAGGCUCUUGGAAGGCAUUGUCUUUCCCCUCCAGAACUCCAUCUCCAUCUUCAGGAAUUAUCCCAGGAUACUCUCAGCGAUCGUCUGCUUGGGAGGUUUUCUGGGCAGCCUCAUCUUCACCAGUCGUGCUGGCAGCUACAUAAUGUACUUGUUUGAUGACCUCCUGGUCCCACUGACCCUCAUCAUCACCGUGGUCUUCCAGAACAUGGCCCUGGCUUGGAUCUAUGGAGCUGGGAGGUUCAGGGAAGAAAUGUUCAGUGAGAUGGGCCGCCCUCUGUGGCCCUUCUCCUCAUUCCUGUGGUGCUACGUGACCUUGCCAGGGCUGCUGGCCCUCCUCACCAUCUGCCUCAUGCAGCUGUACCAGGGGACACACCUCUACUACACUGCCUGGAAUACCAGUGAGAGCCAGGAAGUGAAACAUCUCUACCCGCAGAACAGCCUGGGCUGGGUCAUCUUCCUCAGCAUCCUCACCUUCCUGCCGAUUCCAGUCCACCCACUCCACCAGUGGUGGUCCCUCCAGGACUACGUUGCCCCGGAUCCCUUUGAAAAGCUAAUGUCUAAAAAGACACCCAUGCUGUCCUCCAUGUCCUCACAGAGGCCGAAGCACCACUCGGUGAAGUCCCAGGAGAGAACCAGCAACGCCUCAACCAGAGGGUUAAGUAUGUCCUUACUCAGGUCGCUGAAACCCGAGUCAGGGUGUCUCAGCCAGGACUCAGAGAAGUAUGAGGGCUCCUCCUGGUUCAGCCUGCCUCUACUGACCUCCCUGUCGUCUUCCUUGACCAUAAGGAGUGCCAGCCUCCGUGUCUCAAGGCAGGUGAGCCCAGCCUCGAUAAACACAGACAACAGCUACAAGGGCGGGGAGACCAAGGAAGAAAGCCCAAAAGAGAAAUCUGUUCAGUAACUUGCGACACCGCCCACCUUUUCCAAGGCAGCAAGUCUGUCCAAUGACUGGCGGCAUUUGUGAACAUUUUUCUACAGAAAUAGUUGGUUCUGACAAAAGGGAGGGGAAGGGGCACGUGGAAAACUUGCCUAGCAAUCGAUGACAUCAGCCAUUUGACCUUGGAAGGAAAUGCACAACCCGGACGCUCCUUCCUCCCCUCCACCACUUUUGCUCAGUGGAACACUCUGCUUUGGGAUGGAGGAACUCAGAAGAAGAAGUCACCUCCAUUGCUACCAGGACUGGACCUGGUGCCCCUUUCCCCCUGCGAAGUGGGGGCACCAUGCUGGCAUGAUGGCAUGGGCAUCACAGCACUUCCCAGGACCCAACUUCCAGUUACCAUGGAAGACAGACAACGUUCUCUCCAACGCCCCCACCUCUGCCACCAGACUGGACUGGUGGGGUGGCUGACCUCUCGGGGGCUGCUCUCUCAGAAUGAGGCUGAGACAACAAUGCUGUGAGUUAAUAAAUGGGUCCUCUGGGACCCCACCCCGCUA